AUGGCGGAGCCUCUGGUGACGCCUGCGAACAACUUGAAGCCGGCCCUGGACCGUGAAGGCGCGGGAGAGCUGUCUCCCUACCAGAGAUUGAGCCAGCGGAUGCAGGACAUCACUGGAGACAGGGGGGUGUUAAAGGAGGUCAUCCGUGAGGGGGCCGGAGACUUCGUGACACCCGAUGCCUCCGUAUUAGUGAAAUACUCUGGGUAUCUGGAGCACAUGGACAAGCCCUUCGACACAAACUGCUUUAGGAAGAUCCCUCGACUGAUGAAACUUGGAGAAGAGAUAACCCUGUGGGGAAUGGAGGUGGGCCUGUUAACGAUGCGCAAAGGCGAGUUGGCCCGAUUUCUCUUCAAGCCUCGCUAUGCCUACGGGGCUCUGGGCUGUCCACCUUUGAUUCCACCCAAUACCACGGUCCUGUUUGAAUUGGAGCUCCUGGACUUCCUGGACUCUGCCGAGUCAGAUGAAUUCUUCGCCUUAACUGCUGAGCAGCAGGACAUGUUCCCACUUGAGAAGGUGCUGAAGGUGGCUGGCACAGAGCGUGAAUUUGGCAACUACCUCUUUCGCCAGAACCGCUUUCACGAUGCCAAGGAGAGAUACAAAAGGACCUCCUUGAUUCUUUGCCGAAGGCCUUUUCACCCUGGGGAACAGGGUCACAUAGAGAGCGCCAAGCUCCUGGUCUUCCUUAACCUGUCCUUCACUUACCUCAAGUUGGAACGACCCACUCGGGCCCUGGUCUAUGGAGAGCAAGCCUUGGCUAUCGAUCCGAAGAAUGCGAAGGCCCUCUUCAGGUGUGGACAGGCUUGUCUUCACAUGACUGAAUAUGAGAGAGCCCGGGAUUUCCUCGUCCGAGCCCAGAGAGAACAGCCUUUAAAUCAUGACAUCAACAAGGAGCUGAAGAAGCUGGCCAGCUGUUACAGACACUCCAUGGAUAAAGAGAAGGAAAUGUGCCACCGAAUAUUUUCUCCUCUCCAUUCCUCUGCUGUGCAACAGAACUGAAGCACGUCCAGGCUUCCUUGUGCCCAGCCUGGAGGGUUGGCAGAGGACCAGCACUGUCUCCAGGAUGGCAUUUCAGGGGCGGAGGGGGACAAAAAGAGCUCCACGGCCCCUGGCAGAGAAGGAAGGAGGCCAUGCCCGUGUCUCUCUGAGCUCAAAGCACCUACGGUUUCACGCCAAACUCCUCCCGGGGCUUAACAGGCCGAGAACAUUCCUGGUGGCUGCUCUAGUUUCCAGCUCUUGGUACAAAGGAGGCCAGAGCUGGGCAGCCUGAAUGCUCAGGAAUGUGGAGUCUUUUUUUAAACACCCUUGAAGGAUGCCUCUGUUUGAGUGGGGUUUGAGGAAGCAGGGUGGGCCGGAUGGUUCCCAGCCUGCUUUCCCAG